AUGACUCAGAACCCCAACCCUAGUUUGAAAAUCACCACCUCUCUAUUUAAUGGUCAGAACUACCUAGCGUGGUCUCAAAGUUUGACUUUGUUUUUGAAAAGCAGAGGGAAAAUGGGGUCUGUUGAUGGCAGGAUACAGGCACCUAGUACCACUGACUCAGGUUAUGACCAAUGGGAGAUUGUCAACUCUUUGAUUAUGAGUUGGCUUAUCCAUUCGAUGGCAUUUGAGUUGCGUCGCUCUAUUGAGAGCACACUUCAGGGGGAGCAGACUGUUCUUCAGUACUUCACUUUCCUCACCAACAGCUGGAAAAGCCUUGACCACCUGGAAGAUUAUAAGCCUGUUUACCCUACUGAUUCUGUCGGGUACAAGAAGUUCAUCGCACGGGAACGGGUCUUUAAAUUUUUGGCCGGCCUAAAUAUGGAGUAUGAUCCAGUUAGGGGUCGAGUUCUAAGUAUGGACACUCUUCCUUCACUGCAGGAGGCAUUUGCCUAUGUACAAAAUGAGGAGAGUCGUCGGUCUGCUAUGAUGUCCCCUGUCUCUACUGACCGUUCCUCAUUACUGUCUACUCCUCGAGAUGGCCUCAGCCUGCCUCCUCCGUCUGCUGCUAAGGAGUCUGUAUUCUGUGAUUAUUGCAAGAAGCCGCGGCAUACUCGUGAGACAUGUUGGAAGCUUCAUGGAACUCCAUCCGGGGGUCAAGGUGAUCGGUCUAGUUCUCAAGGAGGUCGGUCAGGCCAAUCUCGAGGACGUGGUUCCUAUUCCCGGGCUCAUCAGUCAAGUGCCAGUUAA